GGCCCCCGCAGACUGCAGACUUUUUAUCGGCCGAUAGUUUAGUCGGGUUGGGCUGAAAGUGCGCACACCGAGCCAACUAAACAGUUUGGUUGGUGAACAGGGCGCAGACUAUCCAACAGUCGGCCGACUAUUCUCGAACUAGUUUGUAACGGACUGUUGAAGCGGUCACACAAUAUGAAAAUGUUGUCCAGAAAAAUUAUUGCUCUCAUCAUACUCCGGAGGAGGAUAAUCAAGAAGAGAUUGCGAGAGCAUUGGGUGCAUCCCAUUCUCAGUGACAGAUUAGUUAGUGGAAAAUUUUACACUAUGCAUUCCAAAUUACUUGAUUACCCGAAAAAAUUUUUCGCCUAUUAUCGAAUGAGCAUUACCAGCUUCAAUGAACUUGUCAAGCUAAUUGGACCAGCAAUAGCGAAGGAGGAUACAAAUUUAAGACUUUCUAUACCUGUGGAGGAGAGAUUGAGCGUUACGAUAAGAUAUCUGGCUACAGGAGCUAGUUUCAAUACAUUAUCUUUUGAUUAUCUGAUGGGAGCUUCUACAAUACGAGAUAUUACUAAAACUACAUGUGAGCAAAUAUGGAAUAUACUUCAACCAUUGUAUAUGUCAACCAAAGAAGAAGGCGACUGGAUUAAAAUCGCAGACGAAUUCUAUAGUCGCACAAACUUUCCAAACAUCAUUGGAGCAAUUGAUGGCAAACAUAUACGGAUGAUACAGCCAGAACAUUCCGGUUCAUCAUAUUUUAACUACAAAAAGUUUUUUUCGUGCGUGUUAAUGGCUUGGACAGACGCAGAUUAUAAAUUUGUAUAUAUAGACGUUGGUUCUUAUGGAACAGCUAGUGAUUCGGAAAUAUUUAAAUCAUCAGAAAUGGGUAAACGGCUGUCCCAAAACCGAUUAAAUAUUCCCUCCGGAAGGCAAUUGCCUAAUGAUAAUGUCGGAGAUGUUAUUCCAUUCUCUGUCGUAGGGGAUGAAGCGUUUGGACUUGGCAAUCAUAUACUACGUCCUUAUGCAAAAAGAAAUUUAAACUACACCAAACGAAUUUUCAACUAUAGACAUACAAGAGCUCGACGAAUGGUUGAGUGUACUUUUGGGAUUCUUGCUAACAAAUGGCGUAUAUUUCACCGACCAAUGGAUGUCAAUAUCAAUUUUUGUGUCAAAAUAAUUAAAGCUUGCUGUGUCCUGCAUAAUUAUGUAAGAAUCAAAGAUGGAAUAAAUUUCACAGAAACUCUCUACAAUUGUCCCAUGAAUAACUUAACUAUAAAUGAAGACAACCGAGGAAGAAAUAAUAUGAAUAACGUGCGACAGUACAUGUCGUCAUACUUUAUUUCUCCCGGAGGCGCGAUUCCGUGUCAAUAUAACAAAGUGUAAUAAUUGUAAAUAGAUAAAUAAAUAAAUAAAUAAAAA